AUGGUCGAUAUCUUGACAGAUCCAAAAGGAAUAAAAAAUCCUCGUGGCAUUCCUCAAGCUGCCUUUAUUGAGAAAGUGGAAGAUGUUGUUACAGACGAUGCCGAUUUUGAAAAAGUAAUGAAUCAAUUUCAAGAGAGAUUGCAACAAUACAAAUACAUGCAGCAAAGUAAAGAGGUUUCUGCAGCAGGUUACAGAUCAAAAAUACCCGAUAUCAAGAAAUCUUUAGAUAUGGUAUUGUAUUUGAAUUCAAAGAAGCACUCUAAAGAAUCAAUUGAAACAAAUUUUGAAUUGAAUGAUACACUAUACACAAAGGCUGAAAUUCCUCCCACCAACUCAGUUUAUCUUUGGUUGGGUGCUGAUGUGAUGUUAGAAUAUCCAAUCGAUGAAGCCAUUGAUUUGCUAACCGAGAAAUUAAAUACUGCAAAAAAGAAUCUUCAAAUUUGUGAAGAGGAUAUGCAAUUUUUAAGAGAGAAUAUAACAACAAUGGAAGUUAAUACCGCUAGAUUAUAUAAUUGGGAUGUUCAAAAAAGAAAACUUUCACAGCCUGAAAAUAAAUCUAAAUCUUUAAAAGUUUAAUAUAAUCCUUUAACAUUGGUUUUUUUUUCCAGAAAUGCAAUUUUUAAACAUUCUAGGCAAUUAAUCAAGUAUUUAAUAUUUCAAUCACAAACAGUAUAAAAACUUAAUAUAUAUUC